UCUCAAUAUAUAAGUUUUAUGUACUAAAGUUAAUUUGAAUGUGGAUAGGGAUCCAUUUGUUUUAUCGUCGGUCAAACCUCGUAAACCGUAAUUAGACCAUCAAAUUGGGACGGAGGGAGUACUACAUACUACGACGGGAGUAUGUAAAUAGUUAAAACCACCAUCUACCCUAACUUUAGCCAAUUGAACCGGAAAAGUAACUUCAACCUUAUUUAUUUUAAUUUUAUUCUUACACAAUUUAACGCACGUAAUCAAGAGUUACAUAUGUGAUUGAUAAAAAAAUUGACUCUUAAGACUGAUAAGCUAAAAAUAAGGAUUACUAAAGGGACAUUAAUAGUUAGUAUUUACAAAUUAAUAUUUCGUGUUGCGAUGGUACAUAUUGUGAACCAUGCUAAAUUGGAUGAUUUUGUACAACUAUACAAUUUCAUCCCAAACGAGGGUUGAAUCUAUUGAACUAUGAAAUAUUUUCUACGAAUAUACACAAUAUUUAUUACUUUGUAUAUUAAAAUGAAGAUCACAUAAUGUGAUAGUUCAUCAGUAAACCGCUAGUGAUAUUGUAGAGAGAAUAGAGAGCUAAGAGUUAGAGCGAAAGAAAUAUAUGAUAUUAAUGAUUUCAGAAUCGUUUACAUCUGCCACAAAGAGGGGUAUUUUAAUAUACUAAGUAAUAAAUGCUAGGUGCAUUAAAUGCACAUACAUAAGUAAGCUAAUCUAUGGGUGCGAGCCCUGCUAAUUUAUGCAGCAGUGAGUGACGUGUGGAUGAGGUGUAUAGGAAGAUGUGUCGUGGGACGGGGAGCUUGUAGACCUCAUCCUCAUUGUCCCUUUGCCUUGAAAGAGAUUUUAUAUGAGUCGUAGACCUCAUGUUGGACCUGGUGUCGCUGACCGAGGGGACUCCUAGUCUCCUACGAACAGUGUAUUCACCCAAUGUAUUUUACAUGGUGGUCUUGUUUGAUCUUGGUCGCUUCGUCCAUGUUUGCCCUCAUCUCACUGAGGAACCCUGCUGAGGGGAGUAGUCUUUUGGACCGCAGGCGAGCCCAUAAUCUAUCACGAUGAUUAGUUUUUGUUGUUUAUCAUUGCUUCAUAAGAUUUAUGAUUAGCAUUUUAGGGGUUAUCUAGCUUUCUUAUAGAUUAGUGGCGACUACCCGGUGAAGGUUGGGGAUUGAAGGUGCAGUGAGCGCCGGUGAUUCCAACCAGUUGGUGCCACGAUGUGGGGCAACCCCUUAUGUCCAUCCACCGCUCAGUAAUGGGGCUCUGCACUACCGUAGUGAAUCGUGGGGGUGCCCCACAUGAAUCUACCUUGACUUAGGGACUACAGAGUAAUGGGUUAGAUAGAGGAUAUCCACUUCCUUAUCACCAAUUGGUUUUAAAAUAGAUAUGGUUGCUAUUCAACCACCGAACUCUGCAGUUAAGUGAGCUCGGGGUAAGAAAGCACAAGGAUGUGUGACCCACUGCAAAGUUUGUCAAAAAGGGUUGAACCGAUCCAACACCACCACAUUUUUUCAUACAUGGUAUUCAUUCAUUGCAUAUUCGUUUCAAAUAAUGCUUAAUUUUUAAAUCUAACAAUUAAGUGAUCUCUCACAUCACUUUAGUAGAAAAAAAUUCAAGAAAUUCAUCCCAAUCCAAGGUGCUACAGUUCCACUUCCUCCUGUUCUCUUCGCCAAUCACACCUGGAUGCCGUGCACCGACAUCACUGCUGGUCUCCCUCAUCGCCACGCCUAUUCAUGAGAUAGGCCUUCAAAUGUGCACCCACCUAAUUCCUAUGGAGCAAGAGUCUGCUCUGCGUUAAAGUGGAUGGACCAAGAUUACACUAAGACCAAAUUUGAUUCUCCUCGAGGAUGAUGGGCUGAAUUUUCAGCAACACAUUCGGGCCCGUUUGGCUCUAAAGCUAAGUUUCCAAAAAUCCUCUAUAUUUGAUACAAAAAAAUCAUAAAUUCAAACAUUUGAAAAUAUAUUUUAAGUGGUUUAAUUGCUUUUACCCUUGUUAAGCAUGUGUAAUUUUAACAUUGAAAAACGGGCUUAUGAAAUCCGAUCACUCACGUACACCGGGCGAGCACACACACUCGUACACUGACCGAGCACACACACUCGCGCCACCGAGUCACGUCAUAUGGGUGUGGCGAUUAAUAAGCUCUAAUAAAAAUGUUAAUACCACACACUCUUGACUUCAUACGAGUUCUUGCGUGCUCUUACCCUUUCCAAGUGCAUCACACUCCGACCUCGGGGGACAAAUCACCCGUUCAAAAGUUUUUACUUGCGGGUUCGAACUACUAACCUCGGGCGGCGAGUUAAACUCUUAUUAGGGGCCUAGAGCCACGCUCUUCUGAGCAAUUUUGUCACUUAAUUGACAUUCACAUUUCUUGAAAAGGUUGAUAUACUUUAGUUCUUUGGGGUUGGAUUAUCCAUUCGAGUGAGGAGUCUGACUCACUUACUCGCGGAUUCAAUCUUUCUUUCGGAGACUGGGUUGAGGCCUAACUUGGGAACUUAAUGUCAUUCUUUUCAAGUAGUGAGUCCGACUCACUUACACACCGAGCCGUGGUUCGACACCAGGCCUGAUGCUCUAUUCUACACUAGUUUCUUUUAUGUGUAGGUAUAACUGAAUGAAGUGGGGGACUGAGGGUCUUACCGUCUUCAAGGAAGCAAAUGACAAACCUGACGAGUCUGAGUCCGACGAGAAGAACAGUUCUAGCCAUCCUAUUCGCAGAUGGCGAUCAUUGCAAUAAAGGCUGAGGAUCUCACCUCUUGCUUCAUCUUGGGGGCGUUAAAUGUACUCUUUUUCCCUUCAUUAGGAUUAUUUCCCUUAGGGUUUUUUCCUAAUAAGGGUUUUUAAUGAGGCAUCUCCCCAACAUGGAUAAGGGCUGGGAUUUUCUAGUCUCGGAGAAGAGCAACUGACUUGGACUACUCCCUCUUAGCCGAGUCUACUACUCGACUAAUGGAGUAGGGGACUCGUGAUGGAGUAAUGAGACUAGGCCCAGAGCCUAAUCAGCCCAAGCCCCGAACUUGGACCCAUGGAUCCAAGUCCAUAACCUGGAGCCUACCAGCCAGCCCAACGGGGAGCCUGUCAGUCCGGCCAACCUCCUAGCCCGGAAGAGUAACGGUCGAGCAAUUAAUGCGCUAUUAAUUAUGUAUUUAAUUCUGUAUUAAUGUUGUAAUUAAUUAGUCAUUAUUAUCGGUAACGGUUACAAUUUGUAUACGCCUAUAAAAGGCGGGUUGUAAUUCAGAUUAUGGGAGGCAACUUCUAUAUGCUAUUUCUGGCUAUCAAAUCCCCUUUGCAACUUUCCUUAUUCAUAUUACUUUCUUAAUUCCCGCUUGAGUGUCAUACGUAGCUUUCCUAAAAGUCUACGAGCGUCCUAUUUUGGACCAACAAGUGCCAUACCACGACCAUACUUGAUAAAGACCAAAUUGCAAUCACGGUUCAAGUCAAAAGUAAGUUGAAAGUCGCGUAACAUUGAUUCCUCCCCAAGUACAAAAUACCUCUUUUCGUGUCCAAUGAUGGAAAACAAGCAAAAAGGAUGUGCAAAAAUAAUCAAAAUAAAAAUAGAAAAGAGUAGUUCAAUCAUAGAUGGUAACAAUGUAUCUUCAAACAUAGAUUGACUCAAGCCUAGGAUGAACAGGAAUAGAUGGUAUAACAUUUUUUUAAAUCAAGAAGUAAUUCAUUUUUUUUGUCAAUAGAAUAAGCAAAAUAAGUAUUUCUAAGUAACUCAUUUUGCUGACAUGGAUUUACUAAAUAUUUUUUCCUUUCUAAAAUUCAAAAGAUCCAGGCUUAUGAGGCAAACUACCCUUGCCAAAAAGGCACUUUCUGCCUUUGGAAACUUUCUUUCGAGAAGAUAACUUGAAAAGUAGCCUAUCUGGGCUGUUAAUAGUCCGGUCUUGGAUGAGAUUAUAGCUGAACAAACAUAGAUUAAAACCUAUAAACUAUUCACUACCUCCCAUAAAAUUAUUUAAGAAAUUGCUAAGAGGUUACUUUGGAAGCCCUGUAAAAAAGACAUCUUCUCCACCCCCAUUGUAAUACACAGGGGAACUUUUCCCGUGCAUCGCACCAUACGGAGAACACAUUAUUUGGGUUUCGGGCAGAAAAACGCAGCGGAAUAAACAAAAAAAUACUGCCCAAAAGUAAACAACUGGAUCUGAGGUUCUUACUAUAAACGAAAUUACAAGAUAUAAGAGGGACUUACAUAGCUAUCUUAAGCAAGGAUGUCAGACAGUCCGAGAAAACAAUCCCGGGUAGAAAGCUCUACCGGUAUCCACAAGCACGUGACUGGAUCGGCCACAGGGAACGUGCUAGCGUUCUCUUCUCUCUCUCUCUAGGUUUUGAGAUGUGAAUUUUAACUCUUUUAAAUUCGUGGGUCUCCUUAGCCCUAUUUAUAAGAGGAGGAUAGAACGAGUUUUAUAGCUAAUAAAACUCUCCUGGAAGCCCUAGUCCAAUACCAUUCGAAAACCUACUUCGAAUUGGGCUAAUCAGGCUAUUUUAGUGUUAUUAACGAACAUUAAUGAUCCAAAUCACUUAGGUGUGUGACCCUGUAGGUUUAUAUAUCGUUGGCAGUGGGCUAGAAAAUUAAUUCAAACCUCACAAAUCAUAAGCGGCCUCUAGCAAGGCAUUAUGACUAUCUGUUAGAUCCCUAGAUUUUGAUAAACAGUUUUGAUGAUGCCAAAGCUUUUCAAAUGUCCUCCUUCUUUCGUAGCAUUUAACUUAAAUAGUUCUACAUGAUGUAUUCCGGCAGUUGGCUAAGCUAGUAAAGUAUUAUUUGAAAGUGUUAUGUUUAAAGUGUCAAUUAUCAAAUAAAUUUAACUGGAAAAUACAAAAUGCAAUAAGAUAAUAUUUUAUUACCUUAAAAGGAUUUCUUAUAGACCUUACCAGUUAAAUUCAUUUGAUACAUCCAAUAACACAAAAACAUUUCGAACAAACUACUUAUUAAACUGGAACACAAAAUACAAUAAGGUAAUGAUUUUUACCUUAAAAAGAUUUGUUAUCCUACCAGUUAAAUAAAUAGUUCAUGUUCUAAAUACUAGCUGGAGUGAUAGAAAGACAAAAGUAAAAUGUUUGUGUCAAGUAAAUUAUACCGGAAAAGUCAAAAUGCAAUAAGGUAAUUUAUUACCUUAAAAGGAUAUUUAAAUCCUACCGGUAUAUAUUCACUUUAUCACAAACGUUUUAAUCCGUCACUAAUUGAGAACAAAUAAAUGUAUAAUUUUUAAGACUAAUAAAAUUUAUACCGGAAAGUAAAAAUGCAAUAAGGUAAAAUUCAUUUACAUUAAAAGGAUGUUCGAAUCCUACCAGUAUAAAUUUUAUCAGACUCAAAAAUUAACUGUUCGAUUUUUGUUAUAUCACCUCGUGAUUAUCCGGAGCCAAUCAAAGGAAUCCCAGCAUGGAGAGAUUAAUGCAAAGACGUACAACAUGGGAUGCGCAGUCAACUUGAAGCCUAUAUAUAAAGGGGAAAGCUACAGUGGCUAGGCAAACAAGACAAGAGAACUUAUCGACUCCAAAGAAGAAGACGAACAACAAGUUGUUAUCUUCUGAAACAAAGAUUCAACGUACAAGAUUAAUUCAUCUCAACCAACGGAUGAGAUUAAUCUACCGGAGACGCCUAUAAAUGAAGGCCGAAGCAUGAGUUCGAAAACAAGUUCUUGAGUUCAAAAGCAGAGAAAUCCUAUAAGCAUUCAAAGAAUAUCUAGCAAAAGAGAAAGUGCUUAAUCACAACCUCACUCUCUGCUUUGACUCAUGCUUCACUAAGCUCUUAGACUAGAUCAUCAUUUUCAUAUUUUUAGAGCUUAGUUUUUAGUUGGAGACCAAAAUUUUCUUGUAGUAUACAAGGUGUUGUUGAACACUUCAGGAGGACAGUUGUUCCCGGCCUGAGUGUGGUUAGAUAGGUUAGGAGUACCUUUUGAUCCCCACUGGAUCAAUCGAGAAAAACCUAAAGGAUUGAGUAGCUUGGAGUGGUGUUGUACUCCUCGUGAAACACCUUCAAUUUAGGCCAGAGUUGUCAAGGCUAGAUUGACACUAAGUGUAUUGGGCUUAACACAUUAGUGAAAUCCAUUUGAAAUAGGAUGUGACUGGAUGUAGGAGGAUUACACCACCUCUGAACCAGGAUAUAUUGUGUGUUGAUUUACCUUCAGUCAACAUAGCACACACCCAACACUUCUCAAUAAAGAAAUCGUAGUUUGCCAGCAGAAUCCUAAGCAGUAGUCUUAAUUGAUUCUACUGCUUAUCCUACUGCUUAAUAACCUACUGAUAAGUCCAUUUUGUACUUAUUUUUCUUAUCAAAUUUAAGUGAUUUUGGAUUGAAAAAUAGAAAAAUAAGGCAUGUUUUAUAUAUUUUGGUUCAAGUUUCGUGAAAUCGGGUAAAAAAAUCACGUCCAUGAUAUGUUUGACGAAAUUUCGGGUCAAUUAAGCACACAAUGAGUCAAUUUGAGUGAAAAAUGAUAUCAUACCGAAAGAAGGAAGCAGAAUUUCAAAGUGGUCCCGAAGGGAAAGUUGAAGAGCAAAAAAUACAGAACAAGACAGACAAAAAAUCUCACAGGCGCCCAAAUAGGCGCCCAGAUUGGCCACCUUCCAGGUCGCCUACGCUAUUUUUGGAAAGUCAGCAUUUUUGGAAUUUUUGACCGGACCGGAGAAGACCGAAGGCUGCCGACACUGGACGGAAGGCGGCCGCCUUCGGUGACCACCUGCGGCACAAGGCGACAAACCAACCACCGGCCGGUGGGAUUUGACGGCAGGCGGCUAGACAGGAACGGCAGGCGGCCGCCUGCUGGACCGCCUGCGGCGGAUGAAUGGACCGGCGCACGUUCGACUGCCGGUGAUGGGAUGAAAGGCGGCCGGAGCAAGGUGGUAGGAGGCCGCCUGGUUGGCCGCCUACGGUAUUUUUGCUGCUAUAAAUAGCCCAAUUUUUCCUCAUCCCAAACACACCAUUCUUAGCCCGAAACUAGUUCAAAAAAGUCUUCUUCUUCCUCUUCAAAGCUUGGAUUUCCACCAUUGUUGCACCUUCAACUUCAAUCUUUCAUAUCUUUUUCAUUUUAGCUCCAAUUUGUAAGUUUUUUAUAUGAAAAUUCAUCCUCUCGUCGUGUAGAUUCUGAAUAUAUUGUUUUUAUUUCCCAAAUAUUUGUGAAAAAUUCUCUGAAUUAAUUUUAAUAGUUUCGUGUUUUCCAUUUUAAUUCAAGAAAAUUAGAUCUUGUUGUUAUAUUAAUCUCCUACUUAGACAACCUCAAUACCUAGUGUUGGCAUAUUGACCCGGAGGCCCAAUACCCGGAUUAAAAAGGCCCAGGAUACCCGGCCCAAACAACGAGUCCAUUACCCUAUGAUUAGUAGGCCCAGUGAAGAACCCAUACCGAACGGGGUUUGGUCCAAGUAGAGGCCGGCCCAGAAAGCAGAAAUACCGAACGGAGUUCGGGUCAUAUAUCAUACUUGGGCCAAUUUGGUAGCAUCUUCCGCAUGGUCCAGCAUCCCGUUCGAGCAACGGGCAAUCAGCAAGUGGCCAGGUGCAAUUAAUGCCAGAUGGUGACAUCAACAAGUGGAAACAUGGGUGAUCAAGUCGGUGAAACAACAGCCAAUCAGCAUAGAGCAGCCCAUGCUCUCCAUUAGUAUAAAUAGAAGGUUUAAUAUCAUUGUAAGGGUUAACAUUUCAAUACUCAAGCUCUAGAAUAGCAUUCUUACUCUUGUUUCCUGUAUUAAAGCACUGUUCCGACCUACCGAUCGGGAAGUUUCCUUGUAAUCAGACAGGUUAAUUAAUACAAGUGGGAUUUUGGGUAUUAGUGGAUUCAUCUUUUAUAUUUUGUUAUACACUUUGAUUCUGAUCCAUUUCUGAUAUAUCCAAAGUUCGUGUUGGGCUUUCGGAUCUACGAGACUUACCUUCAACAUUGGCGCCGUCUGUGGGAAACUGUUCAAAAAGUUUCACAUUCAAUUAUUCCAAAACAACUAUUUUUUGAAAAUGGUCAGAAUCAGUUCUUAUCACACAAAUGAUGGUUCACGCUGUCACGGAAGGAGUCACACCCCGAGAAAUCAUGUAGCACCAUCCCCAAGCAUAUUUACUUUUAGUAAAUUAUGUAAUAAACCUUGAAGGAUGAUUUAUGAAUUCGUGUAAUUGUAAAUUUUUAUUAUUUCUUUUACGUGAAUAGUAAAUUGCAUGUGGGGCCCACGCCCGGACCGGGGGGCCGCCCGAUAAUUCCCGAACCACAUAUUAAAUUCAUCUUGGUCUAGAUGACAUCUACAUGGAGGUGGAUAUUUUAUUUGGGCCAUAAGAAAGGCAUGGAGUUCACCGGUUGGUCAAACGGGGCCCAAUUACCGGUAUUGGUAAUUUAGCGGAUAAAAGCCCGAAAUGAGUUUCGGAGACUCCUAAAUUAAUGUUGGGGAAUGUACAUCUAUUUUAAAGGCCCAUAAUUAUUGGGAACGCGUGAUAUAUUUUAUUUGGUCCGAUAAAAUAAAAUAUGAUUAAAACGGGCCGAGAAAUACAACUUUCGGGGCCGAUUGUACACACCGGGACAUAAUGGGAUGACCUCUCACAUUAGGGGGGCCACCCCACGUCCUCAUGUGUCCUAGUUGACUAAGGGAAGGCUGGAAGGGACAUGAAUUGAGGGGUGUGCGGACUGAAUUGAUGAGGGAUGGCCAAAGGCACCAUCACACCUCCUAAGGCCCUACUCAUGCAUUAUUUUGAUGCUUGAUUGAGUAGAGUGGCCUUCCACCUCUCUUGCACCAUCCGAACAACCCAAGAGGAGAAAUACUCCAGGAAAGUUUCUCAACAUACCUGCAGUUGGAGGGAGCAACAAGGAGGAUAAUCCAUAGAGGAAAAAGCUAAGCCUUGAGGUAAGAAAACAUAUGGUUCUAUUAACUAGUUUUAUCAUGGAUGAUUUUUAAGAAAUCAUAUGGAGGAUUAAACAUGAUGUUCUACACGUUUAUAAGUGUAGAAUAUUGAUAUAAAGUGGGGGUAUUUAACUUAGAAGGGUUGGUGAAUCGAUAGGAGUCGAAAUCGCCGGAAACCGCCACAUAUAGGGAGCUGUUCGUAGUUGCAGACUACGAAAGCCGCCCGGCUUUCGUGAAAGCCGCCCGGCUUUGGCCCAGCAGUCCAGAUUUUCACUUUCAAUCGGCCUAGAACGGGGAUUGAUCGAGGAGCUUAGCAAAGGCAACUAUUUCAGCACUUCAUAAGUUUCAGGUAGAACUUGAAGGUUGCUGCCACCGCCCGUUGCUUCGCGAAGAUCAAAGGAAGAAGACGUGGUUCGUGCUUCUUCCGUUUCUGUUUUGAAAACAAUUUAAAUAAUGCUCAUGGAUAUUGUUUUUUGAAUAAUUAUUUGGGGCUUGUACGCCCAUGAUUGCCAAGGUGUGGCACAAACACUUACGUUAAAUGUUUCCGCUGCUAUAAAUGUUUAUUUUACAUUAUGUUUGUUUAUGGAUGUACUAUGUGUGAAUGGUAUUCAAGACGCCUUGUAUAGUAUGGAUGAGUCGGACUGCGGUUGACUAUUCGUACUGUACGGCGGGUUGUUGACGUUUCCGGGUAGGUCCGGGGCGUGACUGUAACACUUGAGAUUUAAUUUAAACGGAUUAAUAGUACUACUCAUACCAACAAGGUGCAUCUCCUUUUAAGGGAGCUCAUUAGCCAAGAACUCCAAAGUUAAGCGUGCUUGCACGGGAGUAGUCUUGGGAUGGGUGACCCCCUGGGAAGUUUCUCAGGGCGCGCACGAGUGAGGACAAAGUGCGCGGAAAAGGCUAGUGGCGGUUUGUGAGGACAGUACUAGAGGUCAGAAGUAACUACCUCGGGGCCUACGGGGCCGGGGUGUUACAAGUGGUAUCAGAGCAACCCUGCGACAGUGUGCUGAUCCGUUGGAUAUCGGGCGGGCACUUAGCAGGGGAAAAGAUUCUGGGAUAUGAUUGAGAUUGGUUUAUGGGCGCAACGAGGACGUUGCGUUCCUAAGUGGGGGUGAUUGUAACACUUGAGAUUUAAUUUAAACGGAUUAAUAGUACUACUCAUACCAACAAGGUGCAUCUCCUUUUAAGGGAGCUCAUUAGCCAAGAACUCCAAAGUUAAGCGUGCUUGCACGGGAGUAGUCUUGAGAUGGGUGACCCCCUGGGAAGUUUCUCAGGGCGCGCACGAGUGAGGACAAAGUGCGCGGAAAAGGCUAGUGGCGGUUUGUGAGGACAGUACUAGAGGUCAGAAGUAACUACCUCGGGGCCUACGGGGCCGGGGUGUUACAGUGACAAUUUAAUUGGUAUCAGAGACUUAGUCCGUAAACAUCAUAAUGAAGCUUCCAAAUUUCUUUUUGAAAAUGAAUUUGAAAACCAUGAGCAUAAGGUUUUGUACUUAUAGAACUUUUGGUACUUGAGUUGCAAUGUCUCUAAUUGUUAAGAUGGUACCCUUAGCAAUUGGUAUGGCGGUGAUUUGAGCCAAAGGAUGUCUUUAAGUACCUAUCCGUCAAUUGACAUUUGAUACGAGUCUAAUGACUCAUUCUCAAUUUCUUUCAGAAAUGGAACGUACCGGGAAAGUGACUAGAAGAAACCCGACUGGCCGAGCACCGGGAGGAUUCGUGCAAGGCAGUAGAGGGGCUUCUAGGGUGUCCAGAGGACAGGGCCGUGGAGGCCAAGAUCAGACCGUGAGUGACAGUUAUGUUGAAACAGUCAACGAGUCUUAUGAGUCCGAGGAGGAUUCGACAUAUCAACCGGGAACUGAGCCGGUUGAGACCCCAUAUGAUGGGGAAUAUGAUGACGCCAGUGAGGGGAGCGACGAUGAUGACACUCUAGAAAGGAUGGAGGAACUACUCCGUCAAUUUCAACAGGAUCGCCAAAGACGCCGGGCAAGGCGUGCUUUGGGAGGGGUUUCAAGAAGGGGAAGCCAUGUGGGUUCUAGGGGACAUGUGGAGUCCCGAGUAGAUCGAGGUGUCGAGGUCCCGAUAAUAAGGAUCUCGAAGUACCUCAAAGAAGCAAGAGAUUUGGGGUGUAAACCGUUCGAUGGAACGGGAGAUAUAUCCGUUGCGGCAGAGUGGAUCAAGCGGUUCAAUGAAGCGGCCCUUGAUAUGCAGCUGCCGCCAAACAUGAAGAUGAGAGUAGCAACGAGGUUGCUAGAAGGGAUGGCGUCUACAUGGUGGGACAGUGUCAAGGGGAAGUACGGUGAGGCCGUAACUUGGGAGAAUUUCCGACAGGAAUUCUUCAACCAAUACUACUCCGACUUCGAGGUGAACUUGAAGAGGAGAGAAUACACCAACUUGACCCAAGGAGGCAAGUAUACCGUGAGGCAACUUGAGCACAAGUUCAGGGAGCUCGCGGAGUUCAUACCGGAGUAUGCUUGUGAUGAGAACCGGAUGGUGAAUCACUUUUGGGAUGCUUUAGACUUAGACGUGCGUGAACGGGCAACACAAUUGCCUAACAUGACGUUUAGUCAAGUGGUGGAGCAAGGCCUGAAAGGGGAGAAGGAAUGGGAAGAAAGAAAGCUGAAAAACGCCGAGGAGGCGAAGAAGAGGAAAUGGGAGAACACCGGCCCCCAAGGUUCUAGCAAGAAGGGGAACCACGGGGGAGGUGGGUCUUUCAGAACGCCCGCACCACCAUCUAGGGGGAAUCAAGGCCCAGGAGGGCAAGGCUCGAGGUCGCAAGGCUCGGGCAUUAGCAGGUCCAAUAACUGCAAGAGGAACCACGCGGGCAAGUGCCGCGAUCCCCCUAGGUGCUACCAAUGCGGGGAGACGGGACACUUGAGAUCAAACUGCCCACAACUUGGGCGAGCCAUGGGUGCAGGACCUAGCAGCGGGACUACGGCAAGUAGGAACCGAGCAGGGGCACUUCACGCGAGCACGGCGCACGGAGGGCCAAGUACAAGUAACGCGCCAUCCGUGAACCAAGGCAAGACCCAGGCUAGGGUCUAUGCGAUGACGGAGGCGGACGCACGUGCUAACCCGGACUCCGUGGCGGGUAAAAUCUUAAACUCAUGUUAUUAACUCCAUUGUAUGCAAUAUGAGUGUUUGUAAUGUGCAAAAUUUGUAACCCCGACGGUUUGGUCGGGAUUGUAGGGGAAAGGGGAGGAAAAAUCCCCGCCCUGGGCGAAUGCCGCCCGGCAUUUGACGAAAGCCGCCCGGCUUUCGUCUUGAUUUAUUGGGAAAAUACUGCGGCGACGAAUGCCGGCCGGUUUCCACCAAAAACCGCCCGGCUUUCGUCAACUUUUUAUCAGGAAAAUCCUCGCAACCAAAAACCGGCCGACUUUUGUAAAGACCGGCCGACUUUCAUAAAUGCCUGACCUGGGAAAUUUCUCGCAGCUGAAAGCCGCCCGGCUUUGGCGAAAGCCGCCCGGCUUUCGUUGGGCCUGGGGAUUCCUGCACUGCUGAAACCCGGCCGGGUUUCGUAGAAACCGACCGGCUUCGAAACCCAUUCCAUGAAUAAAAACUGCGGCGACGAAAACCGGCCGGCUUUCGUGGAAGCCGCCCG